GUUUCUCAUCCUUUUUUUUUCUUCAUCUUUCCCCCUGGCUUCAAAUUCAGCGUGUCUCCCCAGGGAAAACAGCUUCCCACCUGCCAGUCAGAAGCUCCUGUUCUCAGACAUGAAGGGGAAGCCUGUUGAGUUGAAUUAGUUCCAGCUGAUCUUUAUUUCUUCUUCUAAUCACCUCUCAUGCAUGUUUCCAGAAUGGACUGAACUGGUUCUUUGGAUUUCCCUUCAGUUCUCUGCUACCUUCAGUGGAUAGAACAUCUAAACAAUCUCAGAUUUGUCUUCCUCUUAUGCUGCUAUGUUCGCCAGAAUCUUCGUCCCCAAGAAGCACCGGCAACGCUUCGACGAGGCCGUCUCCCAAAACGUGAUCAACCGACUCUGUCGCAGCAAGAGCAUCAGCGAGCCGCAGGGCAGGAUCCGGCGCAGUCGGAGCGAGGACCACUCCGACCGCCGACACGGGUCCAAGCGGGCAAGCUCUGUGCCCAGGGAUGGAGGGGAACCAGAGAAGGAGAGGGGCGUAAGAAAAUCUGGGUCUGGGGUACCCACACACCCCCCACUCGGUCCCAAUCAGAGGGUGAUCCGUGUCUACAGAGGGAAAAAGAGCUUCGGCUUCACGCUGCGAGGUCACGCUCCCGUCUGCAUCGACUCCGUCAUCCCAGAUAGUCCUGCUGAGGAAUGUGGACUGAAACCAGGCGACCGCAUCCUGUUCCUCAACGGACUGGACAUGAGAAACUGUUCCCAUGAGAAGGUGGUGUCGAUGCUGCAGGGCAGCGGAGCAAUGCCCUCUCUGGUGGUGGAGGAGGGUCCGUCGGACUUUUCUUCAGACCAAACUGACCCAGAGGAUUCUCAGAGUCUGGCUCCAACAAUGGUUCCUCGCUCCAGGUCUCCGGCCCUCAGCUCCCUGCGGUGGGUGGCGGAGAUCCUUCCACCGAGCAUUAAGGUUCAUGGGCGGACCUUCAGCCAGCAGCUGGAGCAUCUGCUCACCAUCCAGGAGAGAUACACCGUCUGCAAGGCCUUAGAGACCUUCUUCCAGCACAGGAACGUGGACACCCUGAUCGUCGACAUCUUUCCAGUGUUGGAUACUCCAGCCAAACAGCUGAUCUGGCAGUUCAUCUACCAGCUCCUGACCUACGAUGAACAGGAGCGCUGCCAGAGCAAACUGUCCCGUUUCCUUGGCUUCAAGAGCAGUGGCAACAGAAAGUCCGGCCUAUCCCUCUCCUGGAAGGAGCCUCUUCCCACCACUGUGUAUGAGAUCCAGCACCAGAGCAGCGUGGAGUCCAACCCCUACGUCAGCCUGGAGAGCCCCCCUGCCUCCCCUCCGCACCCGGACAGCGGUCCCAACACCCUGACCCGCCGCAAGAAGCUGUUCACCUUCUCUCGCCCGCCUCGGAGUCGAGAUACAGACAAGUUCCUGGACGCCCUGAGCGAGCAGCUGGGUCACCGGGUCACUCUGGUCGACGACUUUGUGCCCGGCGAGAACGACUAUGAAGAGAUGAGUUUCCCAGACGACCAGGACUUCCUUUCCCGCCGCCUCAGCAGCGGCAGCAGCGAGGAGCACUGCAGCAGCGAUGAGGCCUCCUCUCCCACCUACUCCUCUGGUUCUGAACCGAUCCCACCACCUCCUGACCAGAGCCCUCCGCCCCCUCCUCCUUUCCAGGCUCUGAUACCUCCUCCCGUCCAGUUCACCGACCCUCUGCCCCCCGUGCGUUUCUCUCCGGAGCACGUCCCCCGCAGCCGGAUGCCCUUCCAGCCGCAUCACCCCAUCAUCCCUCCACCCCCGCCUCCUCCCAGGACCCUCCUGUCCAGCCGCUCGCCUCUGCACAAACCCAGCAGAGAGGAGGUGGAGAAAGCUCGGCAGCGCUUCAGAGCCUCAUCCACUAGGUUCACGCAGGGCAUCGCCCCACUGAACUUCUCGACUCUGCGGUCCUCCCAGCCGUCUCGCGCCAGCUACCUCCCCCGUCAGCUGAGCCAGCCCCAACCCGUCCGCCAGCCAUCCCCCCAGCCGUCCCCCCAGCAGCUGAGGCCGAGCCAGCUGGUCCUGCACAGGCACCACCAGCUCCACCACCAGCACAGCUACCAGGGUCCCCUCCCAGCAUCCCUGCAGGACCCCAGCCCAGCCCAGAACCAAAGCUCCUCGGUGCUGUCCCAGCCUCCCGCCUCCCACUCCUCCCUCCCCACUCACACCUCCAGCUUCGAGAGCUCACCACAGGAACUCCAGUCACAACAGGCUCCACCUCCUCCUCCUCCACCACUGCCUCCACCUUGCGACCCACCUCCUCUGCCCAAACCGGGCCAGCAGGCGUCUGACACCAACCACAUGAGUGUGAAGAGGCUGCGCUGGGAGCAGGUGGAGAACUCAGAGGGAACCAUCUGGGGUCAGCUGAGAGAAGAUUCCGACUAUGACAAGCUGAGUGACAUGGUGAAGUACUUAGACCUGGACCUGCACUUUGGAGCUCAGCGCCGACCCAAACCAGCCUUCCUGCCAGAGAACCUCAAGAAGAAAGACGUGGUGGAGAUACUGUCCCAUAAGAAGGCCUACAACGCCUCCAUACUCAUUGCACAUCUGAAGCUGUCCCCUGAGGAGCUGCGCCAGGUUCUGAUGAACCUGAACACAGACCGGCUGGAGCCAGCCCACAUCAAGCAGCUGCUUCUCUACGCCCCCGACGAGGAAGAGGUCAAGCAGUACGAGCGCUUCGAGCAGGACCCGGCCAAACUCAGCGAGCCGGACCAGUUCAUCUUCCAGAUGUUGAUGGUUCCGGAGUAUAAGACCCGCCUGCGCAGCCUCCACUUUAAGACCACGCUGCAGGAGAGGACGGAGGAGAUGAAGGUGGCCUUUGACUACAUCUACAAGGCCUCAGUGGAGCUGAAGAGCAGCAAGAAGCUGGCUAAAAUCCUGGAGUUUGUUCUGGCGAUGGGAAAUUACCUGAACAACGGCCAGCCUAAGAGCCACAGGACGACCAGCUUCAAGAUUAACUUCCUCACUGAGCUAAGCACCACGAAGACGGUGGAUGGAAAGUCCACUUUCCUUCACAUUCUGGCCAAGUCUUUGUGCCAACACUUUCCUGAGCUGCUGAACUUCCCUGCAGACCUGCUGACAGUUCCCCUGGCGGCUAAAGUGAACCAGAGAGCGAUCACCACAGAGCUGAAUGACCUUCACACUACAGUCCAGGACAUUCGCACAGCCUGCCAGAAGAUCCCAGCAACAGCUGAGGACCACUUUGCUUCUGUUAUGAGUAGUUUUCUGGAGAACAGUCAUCCUGCCAUCCAGUCUCUGGAGUCCCUGCAGUCCCGAGCCAUGGAGGAGUUCUCCAAGGUGGCCUCCUACUUUGGAGAGGACAGCAAGUCCACCAGCACAGACGCCUUCUUCGGCAUCUUUGCAGAAUUCAUGGCCAAGUUUGAGAGAGCGCUCAGUGAGACCCAGACAACUGAAAACCCACGAAGCCCUCGACUGUCUUCUCCUCUGGCCUGGUAGGAUCUAGAAGGUUCCUCCCUGCUGUCCAUCAACCAAAGUGCCAAGAACCCCACUGAGACGCUCACACCCACAGGAACAGAGACACGGUCCGCUCCAGGACACUGGACCCACCCAGACCGGACCACAUCAGGUGCUGGAACCGGUGUCCACAUGUCCAACCUCUGCUGGACAUUAUUUCCAUCUCUUUUUACAGGAGAAUGUUAUUUAUUCUUAUUAUUGAAAUGUGUGACAUCACAUGCUUUAGUUUAGCAGCUUUAGAAGGUUGGUUCUGACUCGCUCCACCCGGGGCUCGUCUGGAGACGGGUCCAUUGAUGUCCUGAAAGGUCCGGUGGAUCUCAGUAAGGCUCAGAACCGAGAGCUCCAGGAGAGGCUCCAAAUGGGAGGAAAUUCCUGAAGAAGAUGGUUCCUCUGAAAACUCUUUUCAUUCCUCUGGACCUUCCUGUCCUGGUUAAUCGAACAUCCUGCACGGUUCUUUACGAUCUCAGCUGUUUCACUUUGGGCUGAAAAUCUCAACGUUUGAAAUAAAAGAAAAUAUUUUCAGCAGGUCAAUCUGAUGCAGGGGUCUGCAACCUGCAGCUGUUUGUACUCCCCAAAAUGGCCCUAAAUAGUUUAUUAAAAUGAUAUAAAGAACCAAAUAAUGCAGUAGCCUUUUAAAUUUGAUUUAAUUUUCAUAUAAGAAAUAUGGAUUAUUAGAAAUAUGUUUUCUUUUUUCUUUUCAUUGACUUGCUAAUUAUGUUUCUACAUCUGAUAACCUAUAUGCAAAAAGCCAUGCUUCAUCUUUCUGAAAAUAAAAAUAACCUGAUUGUUGUUUAAAAUGGCAAUAGAUGUCCUUAACAUAACAUUCAACUAAAAAGCAAAAAAACAAAAUUGGUGUUUUUCUGAAUUAUGAUAGAAUGAAGAGAAAAUUUAGCCCCAAAUUGUGACACUUAUAGCUAAAACCAGCACACAAUUUGGAUCAUUACCAAAUUUAAAGAAUUGUUCCAUGGCAUGAGGCUGAACUCUGGUAAAAAAACAAAAAAAACAAAUGUCCUUAAAAUCUGUUUCAAUAGAUGCUGAUAACAAGCCAACAAUUUUCCCUUUUCUUGUGUUUUUAUCUUCCAACUUUUUGAGUCUGAUGUUGAGGCUGUCAAUACUUACUGCUGCCACCCUGUGGUUUAGUAGGGAACUGCUUGUUCCGGCAAAUAUUCAUAUCUCACAUUGUUAGAGAAUCUUUCUGUAUCCAGAUUAUGAUCUGGAUCAUAACCAAUAUUUUUUGUAUUGUUUCUUGAGGUGCACCCCUGAUAAAAAAAUUUUUUUAUAAACUUUUCAAAUUAUCCUGUGCACAGAUACACACACUCUCCUAUAACAUAACCUCCUUAGCGAAGGUAAUUAAUCUAUAAAAAUGGAACAUGAAAACCAACAGUAGUGGAACAUCCAUUAUGAAACCACAGCAGCAUUGUCGUUAAUUCAUAAAAACUGAAUGUUUUUAUUUAUUUGCUUUUAAUUGUGUCUUUGAUUUAGAAAAAAACUGAAUUUUUUAUUUUUGUAAAAAAGAUCUAAUUGAUCAGAAAAACAGACCAAUUUUGUUUGUUUGUUUUCUAGGUCAUUAUGCUUCCAUACUUCCACAUAUAGCAGACAUUACCCAAAAUAAUGUGUUUUAUUUAAAGGUUAUUUAUUAUUUGUGGCUCUAAAUGCCUUUUGCUUGGUGGGGUAAGAAUGGCUCUUUGGAUUUUAAAGGUUGCAGACCCCUGAUCUAACAGCUGCUGAAUGUUCAAAUCAUCUGGAUUUUUAUCCCUUUCUUAGUAAAAAGGUUCACUGGAGACGAGGCUUAACAUGAAGUCAGAUACAUGUGGUUUGGUUCAGAAAGGGACUUAAUGAAGUCAGGAUUAAAUCCAGAUUCUUGCACCACUUUAUGUUUAAAGGGGAACCAUGAUGAUCCACAGGAAAUAGAUGCCAGUUAAUUGAAUGGAAACGGUCCUCUCCUGUUCAGUGCUGUUCUCCUGCUCUAUGAUCUUUCUAUGCAUCAUUGUCUGUGUUGUAUAGUCGGGUCGUUCUAUAGAAGCCCGGUUUAUUUUCUUAUUCAUGAAUGUUCUUCUAGCACAGCUUUAGAUGCAACAGCCGUAGCAGCAGCAUCAAGUUAAAACCAGCUUGUCGUCCCGGCAUGUUGCUUAGGAUGAGCAGCUGGUAGCGAUAAAACACAGCUCUGUAAUUCUAUAGGUUCUGUUUUUAAUGUUGUCAUUGAAAGUCGCUGAUGUUCUGUGAUGGUGGGAUCCUUC